CCCACACCCCUCUCAGUAGCGCUGCACAUUGAACGUGCGAGGACACAGACGCUGUGUGUAGUUUCGGAUGUAAGCUCGAGCGCCACUCGCACAUAUGACAGGAUACAAGCUCGAAAGAAGAAAAGAUGCAAAUCCCCCUCAUGUUUCAUGCGAUAUAUACAUCGCAGUGCUGAUUUCAUCAGUAUUACAGAGGUGAACGGCGAUGUCUGGCUGCGUAACGCUGAUUGACGGACCGGAGCGGUCGCGCGCGAGUUAACGCAUAACAGUGUUUUCAGUCCGUAAACUUUGCGAGAACUUGGCGGCAUCACUUCUCAUUUUGACGGGCGAGGUGAAACGGCAGCACAAAGCAUGGCGACACAAAACGACUGCUCUGUCAAGGUCUCUUUGAGGAUCCGGCCGCAGAUGGCAAAAGAAAAGAUUGAGGGAUGUCACAUCUGCACCUCUGUUACUCCUGGGGAGCCCCAGGUGCUCUUGGGUAAAGACAAGGCCUUCACAUAUGAUUUUGUGUUUGACUUGGACGCUCAGCAGCACCAGAUCUACAGCGCCUGCGUUCACAAGCUCAUUGAAGGCUGCUUUGAAGGAUACAAUGCAACUGUCUUCGCUUAUGGACAAACUGGUUCAGGAAAGACCUACACCAUGGGCACUGGCUUUGACGUAUCCGUGACAGAGGAAGAGCUGGGCAUCAUCCCUCGGGCAGUGCGACAACUCUUCCAGGGCAUCCAGAAACGCAGACUGGAGGCACAGAGCGCCAACAUGCCCCCGCCUGAUUUCAAAGUCAGCGCUCAGUUCCUGGAGCUCUAUAACGAGGAGAUCCUGGACCUGUUUGACAGCGCACGCGAUCCCGAGGCUCGAAGCAGGAAGUCCAACAUUAAGAUCCAUGAGGAUGGGAGCGGAGGGAUCUAUACCACAGGAGUGACCUCACGGCUGGUCAGCUCAGAGGAGGAGCUCCUGCAGUGCCUGAAGCUGGGUGCUCUGUCCCGCACCACCGCCAGCACGCAGAUGAACGCCCAGAGCUCUCGCUCUCAUGCCAUCUUCACCAUCCACCUCUGCCAGAUGAGAGUGUGUCCGCAGCCACAGCUGGUAAACGGAGAGAUGAACGGUGUGUCUGAUAGUCCCAUCUCUCAGCCCGAGUACGAGACGCUCACUGCCAAGUUUCACUUUGUGGACCUGGCGGGAUCGGAGCGUCUCAAACGCACAGGAGCCACGGGAGAGAGAGCGAGAGAGGGCAUCUCUAUCAACUGUGGCCUGCUGGCCCUGGGUAAUGUGAUCAGUGCAUUGGGAGAUCAGAGUAAGAAGGCGGGUCAUGUGCCUUACAGAGACUCCAAACUCACACGCCUGCUGCAGGACUCGCUGGGAGGAAACAGUCGGACUGUGAUGAUUGCCUGCGUGAGCCCUUCUGACCGUGACUUCAUGGAGACCCUGAACACUCUGAAGUACGCCAACCGCGCUCGCAACAUCAAGAACAAAGUGAUCAUGAACCAGGAUAAAACCAGUCAGCAGAUCAGCGCCUUACGAGCAGAGAUCGCACGCCUUCAGAUGGAGUUAAUGGAGUACAAAGCGGGAAAGCGAGUGGCCUGUGACGAUGGAUCCGAGGGGUUUAGCGAUCUGUUUCAGGAGAACUCGAUGCUCCAGAAAGAGAAUGAUACUCUGCGUAUGCGGGUCAAAGCCAUGCAGGAAACCAUCGACCACCUCAACACUCGAGUCACCAGCUGCUCACCUAAUGGAGUCAACCUGCUGCUAACCAAGACUGGUGAAACGAACGAGGAGAUUGGCAAUCUAAUCCAGAACUACAUUCGAGAAAUUGAAGAGCUGAGGUCUAAGCUGCUGGAGAGUGAGGCCAUGAACGAGUCUCUGAGGCGCAGUUUGUCUCGCCUCUCCGCGCGCUCUUCAUACCCGGCCUCCCACCCGUCCACUCCAGCACACGCUCUCGGCUCCUCCCCCUCUGUUUCCAUGGAUGCAGAGAUGACCGAUGUGAUUCGUCAGGCCAAAUUAGACGUGGAGAGGCUAAAGAAGAAAGAGAGAAAUCAGAGGAGGAAGAGUCCUGAGAAAGAAAAGGGUUUGAAGAAGAGAGCCAAACUUCAUCCUCAAGAAAAUGGAGAAAAGAGCGAGAAUGGGCUGAGCAGAGAAAAUGAAGAGAGACGAGAAAAUGGAGAUGGAGACUCUGAUAAUGAACCUGAAGAGGAUGGCAUGUAUCCUCUUCUGGAGGAUGAUCACGAGGAAAGCGGCUGUGAUGAGGAUGAGGAGGAAGAGGAGACCAGGGAGGAGGAAGAGUUUGACAGCGACGAAAGCCUGGUGGAUUCCGACUCUGACUCGGAUGAGAAAGUGAACUUGCAGGCCGAUCUUGCAGACCUGACGUGUGAGAUCGAGAUCAAGCAGAGGCUCAUCGAUGAGCUGGAGAACAGCCAGCGGCGGCUCCUCACGCUGAAGACCCAGUAUGAGGAGAAACUGAUCCUGCUUCAGAACAAGAUCAGAGACACACAGCUGGAGAGAGACCGCGUGCUGCACAACCUGAUGUCCAUGGAGAACUACACUGAAGAGAAAGCCAGUAAGAUCAAAUCGGACUACGAGAAGCGUCUGAAGGAGAUGAACAGAGACCUGCUGAAGCUGCAGGCCGCUCAGAAGGAACACGCUCGCCUGCUGAAGAACCAGAGCCGCUACGAGAGAGAGCUUAAGAAACUGCAGUCUGAGGUGGCCGAGAUGAAGAGAGCAAAGGUGGCGCUAAUGAAGCAGAUGAAGGAGGAGCAGCAAAGGAGGAGGGUGAUCGAGGCGAAGAGGAACAGAGAAAUCGCACAAUUGAAGAAAGAGCAGCGACGACAAGAGUAUCAGAUCCGUUCUUUGGAGUCCCAGAAGCGCCAGCAGGAGAUCGUGUUGCGGAGGAAGACGCAGGAAGUGACGGCUCUGAGGCGGCUGGCCAAGCCAAUGUCGGAGCGCGUGGCCGGACGCGUGGCCCGCAGGCUCACCAGCGUGGACUCCGGAGCAGAGCUGACCGCCAGUAUCACAACACCCCCCUCCGUACUGGACUCCACACGCUCGGUUUCCAGCAUCAUACGGCAGUGGAACACCAAACUGAAUGGAUACCUGGGAGAGAACGAGAGCCAUGGGACUAGAGGAAGCCUGGCCAGUAGCAGAAAAAAGUUCCAGAGAAAGGGUACGAGCGCAAGUUUUUCAAAGACAGCCCGUCAGAAGUGGCAGUCUCUGGAGAGGAGGAUCAUGGAUAUCGUGAUGCAGAGAAUGACCAUCACUAAUGUAGAAGCUGAUAUGGAUCGCCUCAUUAAGAAACGCGAGGAGCUGUCCAUGCAGCAGGAGGCGCUGUUGCGCAAGAGAGAGAAGUUACUGAACGAGGGCUUCAGAGAGGAUGAGGAGGAGAGACUGCUUCAGGAGAUGAAUGAGGAGAUCGAGGUUCUCAAUGCCAACAUUGACUACAUCAGCGACAGUCUGUCAGACUGCCAGGCCAUCAUCGUACAGAUCGAGGAGACCAAGGAUGAGCUGGACUCAGUGGACACCUCGGUGGUCAUCAGUUCCUGCUCUCUGGCUGAAGCUCGUUCUCUCCUGGACUACUUCCUCAAAGCCUCUAUUGACAAGGGCUUGCAAGUUGCUCAGAAAGAGGCUCAGAUUCGCCUGCUGGAGGGUCAGCUGCGGCAGACGGAUGUGAUUGGCUCUUCCCAAAAUCACAUGAUCCUGGAUGCUCUAAGGGAAAAGGCGGAGUGUAUCCCUGAGCUACACGCUCUAAUCCACAACGUCCAGCAAGAGAAUGGCUAUGCAAGCACAGAUGAGGAGGUGUCUGAGUUCAGUCAGGCGUCAGAGGGCGGUUUCUCCCAAAUGAAGUUGUCUGCGAGUCAAGAUGACUUUAAGAUGAAGGUUGAGCCUCGGCUAUCUGUACAAAUGAAAGCGGUGUCAGCUGAGUAUUUGGGCCCUAUUCUGGACCUCAGCUCCAAGAGCAUCACGAAGUCGCUGGCCUCUCUAUCAGAGAUCCAUGAGAACGGCCUGGUCCUCAAAGAGCCCUAUUCCAGAGAGCUUGUGUCUCGAACCAUCAGCCUGCCUGUCCGAGGACACACUUUCCCAAGGCAGUCCAGAGGGUCCGACACAUCUCCCUUAACAAGGAGGCAGUCAUAUGACCGAGGCCAGCCGUACAGAAGUCCGGAUGUAGGCUACACCCCUCCUUCUUCGCCUCCUCUCCGAACACGUAACGACCGCAAUGUCUUUUCCCGCCUGACAAGCAACCAGAGUCAGGGCUCGGCGCUCGACAAGGGUGUGAUCACUCCCACAGGUGGGCUGAAGGGGGGCAGGACGGCCCCUCUACAGUGUGUGGCAAUGGCCGAGGGACACACCAAACCUGUGCUCUGCCUGGAUGCCACUGACGAGCUGCUUUUCACCGGGUCCAAAGAUCGAACCUGCAAGAUGUGGAACCUGGUGACCGGACAGGAAAUAGUCACCCUGAGAGGACAUCCUAACAACGUAGUGUCCGUCAAAUACUGCAGCAACUCCAGCCUGGUCUUCACAGUUUCCACCUCGUAUAUCAAAGUAUGGGACAUUCGUGAUUCUGCCAAGUGUGUCCGAACAUUCACGUCAUCGGGUCAGGUGGUCUCAGGUGAUGCCUGUGCUGGUACAACCACCCGCACCAUCACUACAGCCCAGGGCGAGUAUCAGAUCAACCAGAUUGCCCUCAAUCCCUCCGGAUCGGUGCUCUAUGCCGCUGCAGGCAACACUGUCCGCACUUGGGACCUCAACAGAAUGCAGGCCACUGGGAAGCUGACAGGACACAUUGGGUCAGUCAUGUGUCUUACAGUGGGUUAUUCUGGAGGAGGCAAGGAUCAGGUGAUCACUGGAUCCAAAGACCAUUACGUGAAGAUAUUUGACAUUGCGGAGGGAGCCCAGGGCAACAUUGGACCGGCUCAUAACUUCGAGCCCCCUCAUUACGAUGGGAUUGAAUGUCUUGCUGUGCACGGUGACAUACUGUUCAGCGGUUCCCGUGACAACGGCAUUAAGAAAUGGGAUCUGGGACAGCAGGAGCUGAUUCAGCAAAUCCCAAAUGCACACAAGGACUGGGUGUGUGCUCUGGCUUUUGUACCCGGGCGGCCCAUGCUCCUCAGCGCCUGCAGGGCAGGCAUGCUCAAGGUGUGGAACGUAGACAACUUCACGCCCAUCGGAGAGAUUAAGGGCCAUGACAGCCCCAUCAAUGCCAUCUGCACCAAUUCCAAACAGAUCUUUACUGCCUCCAGUGACAUGAGAGUGAAGAUUUGGAAUCCGAAGAUGGGGAAGAAAAGGUGAAGAUCCUCCGUUUGGAACGAUUGUUAUCGAUGGUGCCUUUUUGGGAUAAUUGGACGCCACAAGUUUAGGUGUCCGAAACCGACCUUGGAAAGGAGUCCAGAGGUCAGCCGCCUCAAUCCAGAAGGCCAGUUUCAAGGACCUGCCUGAAGGAGAUGAGACACAGCCGUCUGUUUUAGAAGACACAACCCUUUCAGUCUGACGCAUCCCAGGAAUAUGAUCCGGUGAUCGUCUGAGGAACUGCCGGUUGCUUUCUUCUAGAUGUUUUAAGGUGCCAUUUUGGUGAUGCCGAAACUAUAUUAUCUGUACAGUGAAGUGUUCUCCUUCACUUCCUGUCUAAAUGAAAGCAAGUCCUUGAGAUGACUUCAUCUGUAGCUGCUGAUUUUACUUCAGAAUAUUUAUCACAUCAAGGAAACAGAAUAAUCCAAGGUCACUUUUUUAUUCUUAGAGAGCCAUAUGACUUUAGCCUUGACCUGUUACCAGAAACUGAAUCAUUUCCUCUCAGUAUCCAGAAGAUUGGCACCUUUUGUGUUUACUAAGGAUGAGCAGACGCAGAGUCGUCGUCAAUCCCAGUCCCACGUUCCCUCAAAACAUUGUGCAAUAGUAUGAACCACCAUGUUUUUCAAUGCCUUCCUCUUCAGGGGGAUUCUCUGAGCAUUUCAAAGAACUAAUGGCUUCCUUAAAUUUUCCUAAACCACAGACAAACAUUGUACAGCCCUCUUCCGAUAAGUUUCCUUUGCUUUUAAACUCGUUCACUCCAUCCUGCUGUGAAUUUUAUGUUUUCUACCUCAGGUUUAAAGUUAGAUUUUGUGUGUGAAACCUUCACUGAUUCUGAUAGGAUUCCAGCUUUAUUGUCUUCUAGAUGUGUGAACCGAGGUCUCAGAAGUAUAAAGCAGGAUUCAAUGUCUGCUGAGUGGGCAUUUUGAGGGUCUGCCCGUGUAAUAAGCCCAUCUCAUCGGGGGACCUGUAGAGUUUAGUGACACUAGCAGACACUCUUAGGCAGAAUUAGAUGCUUCCUCAGGCUCAAGCGUCUGAUCGAAGGUAACGAUCCCCUGAGGACAGUAGAAAAGGAUUCAGCAGGCUUUGUUUCAUGUUGCUGGACACAGUCCUGGUACGACGAACAGAAUUUCAGACAAUCUGAAUUGGAUUGUUGGAUAUAAAUUUGGUCAUUUUGUUAGCUCUGUAUUUUUUCUAUAUUACGGCUACCCUCUAUAACACUUUAAAACGGAAGUGUUGGGAAAAUUUGCACAGUGUCUUUUGAUGUUUUCUUUCUGGUGCUCUGCACGUCUGGUCCAUGUUAUGUUUUGUAUCAUUUUAAAGGGAUAGUUGUAAAACUGUGAUUUACUCCUAAUUCUUAUGACUUUUUUUUUUCUUCAAUGGAACAUAAAAGGAGAAGUUUAACAGGUUGUUCAAACUGCUCUUUUCCUUACAAUGAAGGCACGUGAGGUGCAGCUUUUGAGUUUCAAAAAUGAGCAAAAAUCAGGAAUAUAUAAAAUUGUUGCUCUUUAUUCCAAGACUUUGGAAGUAGUGUUAUCAAAAGUAACGACUUCGGUACCAAGUCGGUAGUGAAAUUUAAAAAAUAUGACGCUUUGAGCACUGUUGAGCAGAUUUGUGAACACCUCUGAUUGCCCAUUGGUUCACGAGCUCAACAGAUAUAUCUGUGAUUGGCUACAAUGAUCAACGCACAGGAGUGUUUGAAUUUGAAAGCGGGAGCGUUUGAAAGCAGCCGUCUAUCAGCAGACCGGUGCUUUCAAACGCUGCCGUGUGUGUAAGCGCUCGGUGAAGAGCGUCAUUGAUGUCUAUUUACAACAUGUUUCUGAAGCGUUGAUCAUUGUAGCCAAUCACAGACAUAUCUGUUGAGCGCGUGAACACGAUGGCCAAUCAGAGGAUGUUUACGAAUCCACUCAACAGUGCUCAAAGCGUCACAUUUUUUAAAUUUCAGUACCAAUAUGGUACCGAAGUCGGUACUUUUGACAACACCAUUUGGAAGACUGUCAACACAGUCCAAUUUUGAUUUAGAAUUCAAUUAGUUACUCAAUAAAAUUCUUGUCUAUGUAUAUUCAAAUAUGGCAUUUAAAGAUCUGUCACAUCUAUAAUGACUUUAGUUUGUUUAUCACGUAAAUAUGUCUUAUGAAGACUUGGAAUAUAGUGCACAAGUCAAGUGAAACUUUGAUUUGUUUUUUUUGUUUUUUUUACUUUUUGGAUCUUGACUUUACCUGUUCAUUGUAAUUAUAUGGAAAAGAACAGCUGAACAAUCCGUUAAACUUCUCCUUUUGCGUUCCAUUGAAGAAAAAGAGUCAUACAGGUUUGGAACACCAACAAAUUCAGUAAAAUAAUACAGAAUUACAAUUUUUAGGUGAUCAAUCCCUUUAAUCGCCCUAAUAAGAUGUAAAUCAUGCUAAGAAGAACAUCAUCCAUUGAUGAUUCUCUCUCCCGCACAAGCAUCCAUGAUAAAACCAGCCGUGUUAAAGUAGGUCAAAUUAGGCAGUGUGUUCUCCAGUCCUCCUCUCAGAGUUUCACACCCUAUUAAAUGAAAUAGGAAGCAGCCUCCUCUGCAUUGGAGGAUAUGGCGUGCCUGAUGGGGGUAUGUGGGCGUUUGCGAGCUUGUCUUGUAGAACACAUGCAACUUUGUUUAUUUUUGCGCCAUCAAUCUUGCUGUGCCACACGCCACUCCCUUCUCGGGCUACCCCAGAUUUACAGUCUUUUUUAAUGAAACACAUCUAUCACAAAGGUUUUGGGGCAGCCCUAGGCAAUUCACCACCUGAACGCAGCCGUGUACACGAGCUGCUGUAAGGAGGAAGCUCUUAUUUCCAGUCGACAGGGAUGCGCUUUAUCUGAUGAACGACCCACAGCAUGGAUAAUCGCACAUUAAGCGCUGCAGGAGUCGGGAUUCCCAAGCUACGACAAGAGAUUUGAUCAAAUUUGCAAGUUACCUUUUUCGAUCUGUAUUUUUGAAAACAUUGUGAUGUGGCAUAGCUGCUGUCAGUCAUUUAAAACUACUACAGGGCGUUUCUAAGGACGAAUCUUUAGACUGGAGUCAUUUGUAUAAUGUAAAGCUCAUAUACAUAUAUACAUAUUCAUGAGGAAGUAUGCAGUAGGGGCUUCCUUAACCUUUAGGUUAAUAGAUUUCUGCCAAUGGUUCACUGCAUAUACACCUUUCUAAAUUUGACAGUAGUGUCAUUAAGCCAGUAUGUCAUCCUCAUUAAGAUUAUAUACAAGUUUGCGAUUCUAGAACGUGGAACUAUUAACACUAUAAGGUGUUUUUGACCAAAUUAUUCCAUUUUUUUCCUUUUGAAUCCGAGUGAUGCGCUCAUAAAAAGAACUGUUUUUGGAUCUUUUCUGUGAAGUCUUUUAUAAUAAGGCCAAAUUUAUUAAAUAAUGAUCAGAGAAUCUACUUCAAAGAACUUUUGUUUUCAAAACUGUGAAAAAUGCUGCUUUAUUCCAUCUUGCAUCUUUUUUAAUAUGAGUCUGUGUGUUUUGUUCUUAAAGUGAGAUCAAAAUAUACGACAUCAAACGUGUUACCAAAGUUUGGUUUAAAUAAUCACUUGCACAUUUCUAAACCCCCAAAAAUGAAUCAAAAUUGUAUGUUUGUACUGGUUAUGGUUCAAGCGAAACGAACAACAGGCCUAAUUCUAUCUCUUAAAGGGAUAGUUCACCCAAAAAUGAAAAUUACCCAUAAGGUGUAUGAGGUGUAUAUGACUUUCUUCGUUCAGCCAAACACAAUCGAGUUUUAUAAUGGCAGAGGAUGAGAUUUUGAAACCCAAAAAAGUGCAUCCAUCCAUCCAUCCAUCCUAAAACAUAUUCCACACGGCUCCAGGGGGAUAAUAAAGGCCUUCUGAAGUGAAUCGAUGCGUUAUAACAAGGACGUAGCGUAGAACGUCAUGUCAUUGUGUACUACGUCGUGGAAGUUAGCGCUUUUUAGACACAAAUCGAAUGCGUAUGGCUGUCAUGCCAAAAGCUUAUUAUUUUACUUCAUAAAAUUUUAAAUAAGGACAUUUUUCUUACACUAAUGCAUCGAUUCGCUUCAGAAGGCCUUUAUUAACCCCCGGAGCCGCGUGGAGUGCGUUUUUUGAUGGAUGGAUGCACUUUUUUGGGAUUCAAAAUCUCACCCUCCAUUCACUCCCAUUAUAAAGCUUUGAACG